CUCCUUUUCAUUUCGAUCUCCGCAUUGAGACGGGCCUUAGGAUUUUGCCCACGGGCCACGAUCAAUGUUAACCAUCCCAUAAUAGUGUUGAUCACGAUGGACAGAGUCAAGUUUGCCUGCCAGUGGCACCCUCUCACAUAAUGGGUAGCUCACAGUGGCGCCGGGCUCGCCCAGUCCUAUUCACCAUCACCAUCACCUUCGCCCUGUUCAUCUUUCUCCGUUCAUCAAUCUUAACCUUCCGGUCUUCCGCGUUCUCUCAAUCCGAUUCAUACAAGCUCGACCAUCGCUCCGAAAUCCUUUCCAAAUGUGCCUACACACACGCAAAACCCGGGCCUCCACCCCAUUUCCAUGCACGGACACAGAGUGACCGCUACGCAGAGAACACGAAACCUGUUCUCGUGCGCAACGCUACUAUCUGGACAGCCGCCAAUGAUGGGCACGAAGUCCUCACUGGCGACCUGCUCAUGCACCGCGGUGUUGUCAUCGGUGAUGUUCCUCUUUCAAUGAUUCAACAGCUCAAGUCGGAGAACGUGAACUUGGAGAUUGUCGAUGCUCAUGGAGCAUGGGUGACCCCUGGUAUAGUAGAUUUGCACUCCCAUAUUGGGGUCGGCAGUGCGCCCGAGCUAGAUGGUACAGAUGAUACGAACUCUUACAAGGCCCCCAUCUUGCCCUGGCUGCGCAGUAUCGAUGCCCUGAACACCCAUGACGCGUCAUACGAACUCGCUAUGGCUGGAGGUGUCACCACCGCGCAAAUUCUCCCUGGUAGCGCGGACAAUAUCGGCGGCCAGGCAUUUAUCAUGAAAUUGCGCCCCACAGCUGACCGGUCACCUUCUUCCAUGCUCCUUGAGCCUCCUUACACCCUCAAUGGUUCUCACUUUGACCGCUCUCUCACGCCCCGCUGGCGACACAUGAAUGCUUAUGACAUAACUCGCCUUGACUCUGCGUGGAACUUUCGCGCUGCUUACGACCAUGCCAGAAAGCUGCGUGGUAUUCAAGACGACUUCUGCGCCAAAGCAGAGUCUGGUUCCUGGGACGAUGUCGCAGGAAAGACAUUUCCUGAAGACUUGCAAUGGGAAUCCCUUGUCGAUGUGCUCCGAGGACGCGUGAAGCUUUCCGUACAUUGUUAUGAGGCAGUUGAUCUCGACGGAAUCGUCCGUCUUACGAACGAGUUCGAGUUCCCAGUAGCAUCGUUCCAUCAUGCUGGAGAAACGUACCUCGUUCCGGAGUUGUUGAAGAAGACCUGGGGUGGCACACCUGCCAUAGCACUCUUUGCAUCCAACUUCCGGAAGAAACGCGAGGCAUAUCGAGGAUCGGAGUUCGCACCACGCGUGCUGGCGGAGCAUGGAAUCAAUGUUGUUACGAAGUCUGACCACCCAGUUGUCAACUCCCGCUACCUCCUGCACGAAGCCGCCCAAGCGCACUAUUAUGGCCUUGACCCCGCACUCGCGCUCCUCUCCGUUACGUAUACUCCUGCUACUGCCAUGGGGAUGGGCCAUCGGAUUGGAAUGCUCAAAGCAGAUGUUGUGAUUUGGUCCUCCCAUCCACUUUCACUUGCUGCAACGCCCACUCAGGUCUACAUUGAUGGUAUCCCUCAGCUCUCCCUUCCCGGCCGCCAUGUCGCCAAGGGGCCCACCACGUCCCCACGCACGUCCGAUUUCGAUUCUGAGAAGGUGGCAGCCCUAAAAGGGGCGUUAUUCGUGAAUGUCUCGGGGCUUUACAUGAGAGGUGGGGGCUCGACUGGGGUUGUACAUGUUUCUGAGAAGGUGGGAUCGGUGGGCGUGGAAGAUGGCCGACUGGUGUGUGUUGGUCAAUGCUCGGAUUUUGCAGAAGGGGCCGUCGAUAUCGUGGACCUUGAAGGCGGCACGAUCACACCUGGACUGACGAGCUUUGGUACGCCGCUGGGGCUCAUGGAGAUUAGGCUAGAGCCAAGCACGAAUGAUGGAAGCGUUUAUAACCUCCUCGACGAGGAUCUUCCUGCCGUGUUGGGUGAUAAGGUCGUGAGAGCCCAGGAUGGGCUCAUGUUUGGUGGCCAGAAUUUGUUACUAGCCUAUCGCGGAGGCGUUACAACGGCCAUCACUGCGCCCUCUGGUACCUUCCUGCGGGGUAUAUCUACUGCAUUCUCACCUGGAGCUGUGCAUGCGCGCGUGGAGAGUGCAAGCAUUGUUGGUGAAGUAGCAUUGCAUGUGGGCAUAAGUAUGUCUUCAAGGAUUGGUGUGAGCACGCAGGUAGCGGCACUUAGGAACAUGUUGUUCGGGGAGAGUGGAGAUGAGGUGCUCAGAAGUGUCAGAAAGGGUCAAACGACGCUCGUUUUGGACGUUGAGAGUGCAGACAUCAUGGCGACCCUGCUCCGACUUAAGAAUGAAUACGAGGCUCAUUCCGGGAGGGAGCUUCAUUUGACCUUUGCAGGGGCAACUGAGGCUCAUCUCCUUGCGCAUGAGAUUGCAAGGGCAGGUGUGAGCGUGAUCGUCACGCAGAGCAAGCCAUACCCGUCGACUUGGGAGCAGCGAAGGUUACUUGCUGGCCCGCCGAUCACGCAGGAGAGUCUGGUCACUGCGCUUUUGAAGGCAGGUGUCAAUGUAGCCAUUGGAGUCAUUGAUGAGUACAAUGCCCGGAAUACACGUUUCGAAGUCGGUUGGUCGCUCCUCACGUCUAAUGGUACUAUUGAUCGCACAACAGCUCUCGCGCUCGCCACGACAAACCUCGAGAAGGCGCUUGGAGUGCAGAGGGAGAUGCCUCAGGACCUUGUGGCGUACCGUGGUGGGGAUGUGUUUGAGUUUGAAGCCAAGGUGGUGGGGGUUAUAUCGGAGACGUUGGGGCGGACAGAUUUGUUCGUGUGAGCAGCGUCAGAGUUUCAUUCGUAGGGUCUGAACUUCAUGUUUGUACAAAUGUAUAGCAACUGACAAUCAAUACUGAGUGUAUUGGUACGAUGAUCAUUAUCACACCCUGUCAGACAAUCGUGAAAACGACGCGACAUCAGCAAAGCUCAAGGAUACCUUGGAUAUGGCUGGAAAUUUGACCUGACUUGCCAAUAAUGCAGCUUCAGUUGGAUCUAUUGUUAACUAAGGCACUGAUACGACACGUGAUGACAAAUAUGGGCGGUCGGCGAAGUCGGGAACUGGCGCCUUACGAUUACAUUUUGGC